AUGUCGGAACGCGAUCCAUUGCUUCAAAAUGAACACGACGACAAACAGGACGCGCUCCCUGGCCCUCUUGAAAUAUCGCGCUCGACACGCUAUGGCAUUCUAGCUGGUCUGUGGACAGGAACCGUUCUUUCAUCCUUGAACCAGACCCUAGUUCCAACGAUGCUUCCUUCAAUAUCCUCUGACUUCAAAAAGUCGAAUCAAGCCAGCUGGCUAGGGACAUCCUAUCUGCUUGCAACAUGUACCUUUACGCCGCUGUAUGGCCGUUUGUGUAACGUUCUGGGUCGGAAGCGCGCCUAUCAGACUGCACUGCUUUUUGCAGGAUUUGGGGUGUUCAUGUGUGGCAUGUCGAGGAGCAUGGAGAUGCUAAUAAUCGCCAGAUUCUUGUCGGGAAUCGGGGGAGGAGGACUGUUCACAACAUCUUCGAUAAUUGUUAGCGAUAUGUAUAGCAUACGAAGUCGUGGUCUCACACAAGGAGUCGCCAGCGUAUUUAACGGGCUCGGACUUGGAUUGGGGGGGCCUUUCGGCGGGCUGAUCACCGAUUGGCUGGGCUGGAGAUGGGCAUUCCUAAUACAGAUGCCCCUGUUCGUGGUUUCCUAUAUCCUGACGUCGUGGAACCUCAACUAUAAAACCGAAGGUACGGGGAAGAGCACGAGGGAGAUUCUCAAGCGAAUCGAUUAUCUGGGCAGCGGCAGUCUUAUGAUGACGGUUGGCUCGACUCUCAUCUUCCUCAGUGUACGGUACAACGAAAUGCUCCCAUGGUCCCACCCAGCAGUGAUCGCUUCCCUCGUACUCGCUGUGGUAUUUGCUUUUACCUUCCUCUUUGUUGAAUUUUUUGUCGCGAAAGAGCCAGUCCUAGCUCCUUUCCUUAUCCGGCAAAAAAUACCAGUCCUGGUUGGCAUGUCUAAUUUCCUCGUCGCGACGUGCAACUUCUCCGUCAUGUACUUCUUCCCUAUGUGGUUCCAGACAGUCAUGUUGACGAAUGCGUCCACGGCAGGCCUGCAUCUGCUGCCGAACAGCAUGUCGAUGUCGAUUGGGUCAGUCUUUGCCGGAUGGAUGAUGCACAAGACUGGACGGUAUAAGACAAUCAACCUCAUCUUCGGCGCAUUCCCUUUCAUCGGGGCCUCGUUCAUCUACCUCAUGGGAGAAGAUUCGGGGUUCUACCAAUCCUGGUUCAGCAUUAUACCUCUUGGAUUUGGUAACGCGGUUGUGUUGCAAACAGUGCUCAUUGCGCUGUUAGUCCACGUUCCAGACGAUUGUAUGGCAGUCGCCACCGGCUUUGGUCAGCUCUUCCGCGGCGUCGGCCAAGUCGGCGGCGUCGCAGUGUCCUCAGCAAUCUUCCAAUCGAAUCUCGAUGCCGAGCUGCGAAAAAGGAUCCAUACUCCCGAUGCAGAGAGUUUGAUCAAGAGGAUCCGGCAGUCUGCGCGGCUGGUUGGAAGUCUUGAGCCCGAGCUCCGCAGGAAGGCGCAGGAUUCAUAUUCGGCGAGCCUAAAAAAGGUGUUUUUCUUCGCAGCCUGUUCGACGAUGCUGGCCUACCUUGUUCGACUACCCAUCCCAGACAAAGUUCUAGACCAUCACCACCAGCACCCACAACGAAAGCGCGAGCCUUCAAACGCGCAACACGACGUUGAAGAACCCUCCGCGUCCACUUCGCAAACCCAGACCCCCGUCGAUACGCCUUUCGAGAGUGACGACGAAGCAGAAGACGCGGUAGAUACUUGUCCGCGCGAAAGUUUGACUUCUCCGAAACCCCCGCGUCGGCGGCUGUCCACGUACGAAGGUGCAGAAGACAUCCUCUCCGAUUUGGAGACCAAUAAAACUCAGAACACCGGGCGCUACCGUCGAUGA